GGGUGGAAUCCUCCGCCCUGGCUCAACCCCAAAGCUACCCUGACCUCCCCCGCCCGCCCUGCAGACAGCAGCCUGGUUGCUGUCCCUGUCUCAUCUGAGGUACGUGACCCACGAGUGAGGAACCACAGAGACCCGCCAGGUCCACAGCAGGCCAGGCUGCGCUCCGGACUCGCGUGGCGCUCCCCGCGGCCCCCAGCUCCGCCCCGCAGGCCGGGCAUGGAGGCGACGCUGGUGCUGGAGCCCGCGGGCCGCAGCUGCUGGGACGAGCCGCUGGGCAUCUCCGUGCGCGGCCUGGCCCCCGGGCAGCCCGUCACGCUGCGCGCGGCCCUGCGCGACGAGAAGGGCGCGCUCUUCCGCGCCCACGCGCGCUACCGCGCCGAUGCCCACGGCCAGCUGGACCUGGCGCGCGCGCCCGCGCUGGGCGGCAGCUUCGCGGGGCUCGAGCCCAUGGGGCUGCUCUGGGCCAUGCAGCCCGACCGGCCUUUCUGGCGCCUGGUCAAGCGCGACGUGCAGACGCCCUUCGUGCUGGAGCUGGACGUGCUGGACGGACACGAGCCCGACGGCGGGCGGCUGCUGGCCAAGGCGGGGCACGAGCGCCACUUCCUGGCUCCCGGGGUGCGGCGCGUGCCCGUGCGCGAGGGCCAGGUGCGCGCCACGCUCUUCCUGCCCCCAGGUGAGGACCAGUUCCCUGGGGUCAUCGAUUUGUUUGGAAGCGGCGGUGGCCUGUGUGAGUACAGAGCCAGCCUUCUGGCUGGCCACGGUUUUGCUGUGCUCGCGCUGGCUUAUUUCAGAUUUGAAGACCUCCCUGAGUACUUGAGCGAUGUGCGCCUGGAGUACUUUGCAGAAGCCUUGGCCUUUAUGCUGCGGCAUCCACAGGUGAAAGGCCCAAAUAUUGGGCUCCUUGGUUUCUCCAAAGGUGGUGACCUGUGUCUCUCAAUGGCCGCUUUCCUGAAGGACAACAUCACAGCCACUGUCCUGAUCAACACCUGUGUGGCCAACACCAUAGUUCCUCUGCAUUACAAAGGUCUGUUUGUUCCUGACCUUGGCUGUGACCCAACAAAACAGAAGACCAUGGAGUCUGGCCUUUGGGAUUUGGUGGAUAUUUGGAACAAUCCUCUGGAGGAACCCAACCACUGGAGUCUGAUUCCACUGGAAGAGGCCCAGGGACCCUUCCUGUUUAUUGUGGGCAUGGAUGACCAUAACUGGAAGAGCAAGUUCUAUGCUCACAUAGCUUGCAGACGCCUACAAGCCCACGGAAAGGACAGACCCCAGGUAAUCUACUAUGCAGACACUGGUCACUGCAUUGACCCCCCAUACUUCCCUCCUUCCAUCGUUUCUGUGCACUCGGUGUUGGGUGAAGCAGUAUUCUAUGGAGGUGAGCCGAGCGCUCACUCAAGGGCACAGGUGGAUGCCUGGCAACAGAUUCAAGCUUUCUUCCGAAAAUACCUCAGUGGUGAAAACCCUGUCAAGCGCAGCAAAAUAUAACGUUGUGGUUAUAUUGAGAGUUCUGAUCAUGCCAAGCAGAUUCUUCUGGACUUCCAGAACACGGAGGAGGUUUGGGGUUUGGUUUUGGUUUGGUUUGUCCCAUAUAUCCCAGACUGGCUCUCACAUUCACCGUGUAGACAAGGAUGAACUUCUGAUCCUCCUCUUUGGUCAUACACUAUCAUGCCUAGUUUAUGUGUUGCCAGGGACGAAACCCAGGGCCUUGUGUCUCCUAGGCAAACAUUCGGCCAACAGAACUGCAUCCCCAGAUCCCUAGGAAGCUUUCCAGCCUCUUUGUAUGGGCCCCACUGAGCCUUUGGAACAAUUCUCCCUCCUGUGAUGCUGGGUUGACUCUCUCUUCUGAACUUGAACUAAUGGAUCUGUUUAACUCUGUGUCUGUAAGACCAACCUUAACCUUAGGUAAAAGGAUGUAAGAGGUACCUGUCCCACUCCCGCCCCUGGGCUAUCUUUCCUUCCUCUGCUGGGGACUAAUGUGCAUUGCUCUGAAGUCUCACACCCCCUCUGAGCCCUAACUGAUGUUAUCUGAGUCUUCAGAACCCACCUGCCAAAGUCACACAACAAGUGGAUUGAUCAGUUUUUAACAUGCCUGAAAUUUACUCAAGACAUCACCCUGACCCCUAGGUACCUGUCAGUGUACUUCUUUUACAUCCACCAUCUUGUCUGGAUUACCAGUCACCGCAUGGUAUUUUCCUGGCUGGGAAAACUGUCUUGGUGUCAAGAUUUUCAUGACUCUAAAAUGUGAGCCUGAGCCUAUGACUUUGGGUACAAAGUUAUGGCCAGACUGGUCAUACCGUCUCUCAUUGCCAUCUGCUCUUACGACAAAUGAGGAGACUAGUUGCUUCACCCUACGGUAGCUGAAGCAUUCUCUAGAGUCCUGCGGUUCCAGAGUCGAGGGUCUUCCCUGAGCACAGGAAAUUCUUCCGAGACUUUAGGACAAACCCCAUGGUUUUCUGGGUGUGCGCAAAACCUCUCACCAAACCAAUAGCCAUUCCUAUCCUAACUGAUAAAAAGAAAGGCUCCUUGGCGGUAACAGUGGUGGUCAACUGUGAAACUUUACUAUAAUUUUCUCUGCUCUGAAUCCUGGGAUUGCCUGCUUCGACUCAUUCCUGGGCAGACCUGCUGCUGUGGGGGUGCUUGGGAAAACAGCUACACAAACUUUACAACAUUAGUAAAAUAAGCACAAAGCAUGGAAGUCGAUUCUCCCAAAUUCUUAGUCAUGUUAAAAGCAUCCAGGGAUAGAAAAGUAGCAUCUUCAAGCCAGUUGGUGGUGGUGUAGGAGGGAGGCAGAGGCAGGUGGAUCUCUGUGAGUUUGAAGCCAGCAUGGUCUACAUGCAGGACAGACAGGGCUACACAGAGAAACCCUCUCUCAAAACCACCCCACAAAAGUAGUGUCUUCAAAGAUGUCUCCGUAGUAGGAAGCUGGUCUGCAUGGCAGGCUCUGCCAGUUACUAUGCAAUUGAUCUUGAGCUCCUUAUUAGCCUCUCUAAACCUCAUUUCUUUAUCUAUAAAGUGGGGGGAAAACAAAUACUUCAUUGAGAUAUUAUGAUUAAAUCAGACAAUCCUCAUGAAGCACUUUCAUGUUUUAAUUCAAAAGUAUUAGCUGUUUUUUGUUUGUUUGUUUUUAAUCCUGAUGAGAGACUGAAAGCAAGAAGAGUUAAGAAUCACAUCUGGCCAGUGAGAUGGUCUCUCUCUCUCUCUCUCUCUCUCUCUCUCUCUCUCUCACACACACACACACACACACACUUUUUACAAAAUCUGGUUGGUGAGAGAAGUAAAUCGGUACACCCCACACCCCGUUAAUGUCAUUGACUAUAUGACACUAUCCUGAGAUAUUUGUUUUGUUUUAUGUAUAUGAGUAUGCUGUCUUCAUGCACACCAGAAGAAGGCAUCAGAUCUUAUCAUAGAUGGUUGGGAGCCACCAUGUGGUUGCUGGGAAUUGAACUCAGGACCUCUGGAAGAGCAGCCAGUGCUCUUAACCGCUGAGCCAUCUCUCCAGCCCCCAUCCUGAGAUAUAAUGCUAAGUUGCACUACGGGAACCACUGGCAAGUUUAAAUCAAGUCACAUCCACAGAAUGAAGGCUCCAAAAGCCUCACCAGAGAGUUUAGAUUCAAACGCUUUGAAAAGUAGUCACUGUUUAACAAUGAUUAAAAAAAAAGACCUGCUAAUAAUUUUCCUUGAAACUCAGCAGCACAAAGCAGACGUGACCAGCCUAAAAUGAGUUCCCUUUAAAAAAGGGAAACAGCAAGAAGCAAGUCAGAGGUGGCAAUAAGCUAAGAAUAUGGUUCAGGGAGGCUGGGAUAUUUCACACUCCCACCAACAUGACAUGGUCCCCCCCGAAUAUGUACAAAUUUUCAUUUUUAGGCAUAUUAACAUUUUAAAGAAGAAAAUAUAACCAACCCCAACCUAGUCUUUUCCUUGGUAAGCCCAACAUCCUUGAACUCACGUCUGGUCAGGUGACAAAGGGUAAUGGACAAUUCUAAAAGUGUAUACAUGUUUGGGCCAGCUGCUGGCUGUUUGAAAAUACCUGUGCAGCUAGACUUGAGGGUCUACUAAUCCUAGCCACGUGGAAGGCUGAGGCAGGAAGAUUACAAGGUCUUCCUGGGCAGCAGCGCUGGCUCCAGCCUGCCCCCUACCCUAAAUUCUAAAACCUCUGCUGUUGCAAGGCAGAGUCUUGAGCUGGCGCGUUCCCGCCUCAUGCAGCCCUGCGCUCUACCAUGGCAAAAGCGAAGUCUUGAGCUGACCCACUUCCCUGCCCAAUUCGCCCCCUCCGUGCUGUCGGUAAGUGCACAUCCUGAACAGGCCCGACACUCAAGGACAGGUCCAUACAUUCAAGGAACAGCUACAUUCUUCCCUAACCGUAUCCUAACAUCUGUUCGUAGUUUUUCGCUGUAAAAGGAGCCUGCUACUUCCCGCUGAAGACGCAGAUUCAGCACCCCUCGCCCGGCUAGAAGCACACCCCCCACGGUGAAUAAAGUUGCUACCUGGUUUAAUUUGG